GUGCAUUUUAACGUGUGUCCUUGCUAGAGGCGACCCCCUUAAUGUCGGCUUACUGUUUGCUCUGUUUAAGGAUUCCCACCAUGAGCCGCAAACAGCGACAUUAGCGCUAACAGCAACGUUAAGCUGCGUCCAUUCGCACGCGCGCUCUCCCUCAUUCACACGCACACAUCACUACGGUCACCGCACGCGCCCUCCGUCACAUCUGUGAGAGGUUAGGAAGGAAGCUAGCUAACAGGAUAGUGUGGAAAAAAAGCCUCGUUUUCUCGCGUUGUUAUGUGCGGACUUUGCCUUUAAGUGACGGAUUAUCUAGAUUCGCCCUCGGCUGAGCGGGAGCCGCCAUGGAAUGCCGUGUUCUGUCCAUUCAGAGCCAUGUAGUCCGGGGAUACGUGGGCAACAAGAGCGCCUCUUUUCCAUUACAGGUUUUAGGGUUUGAGGUGGACUCCAUCAACUCCGUGCAGUUCUCCAACCACACAGGUUAUUCUCACUGGAAAGGCCAGGUGUUGACAGCAGAUGAGCUUCAUGUUCUAUAUGAGGGAAUCAAACUGAACAACGUUCACCAGUAUGACUAUGUUUUAACAGGGUACACCAGAGACACAUCCUUCUUAGAGAUGGUGGUGGACAUAAUUCAGGAGCUGAAGAGAGCCAAUCCUAACCUGGUUUAUGUGUGUGACCCAGUCCUUGGUGACCAUGGAUCAAUGUACGUUCCUCAGAAUCUUUAUCCAGUCUACAAGAACAAGGUGGUUCCUGUCGCAGACAUUAUUACUCCCAACCAGUUUGAGGCUGAAUUAUUAACAGGGAAGAACAUCAGUUCACAGAAAGAUGCAGUGGAGGUGAUGGACCUUCUGCACGCCAUGGGCCCAGACACAGUCGUUAUUACGUCCUCUGAUCUUCCCCCCAGACUGGGAGACCGCUUCCUGGUGUCACUGGGCAGCCAGCGUCAUGUUCGUCCAGAUGGAACCAGGGUGACGCAGAGAGUCCGAAUAGAGGUUCCCAAAGUGGACGCUGUCUUCGUUGGAACCGGAGAUCUGUUUGCAGCUAUGCUGCUGGCGUGGACGCAUCAUUACCCCAACGACCUAAAGACGGCCUGCGAAAAGACCUUUUCAGUGAUGCACCAUGUCAUCCAGAGGACCAUAUCUUAUGCUCAUGAGUUGGCAGGUCCCGGUCGGAGGCCCAGUCCACCACAGCUGGAACUGAGGAUGAUUCAAAGUAAAGCUGACAUAGAAGAUCCUGCUAUAGUAACGGAGGCCACCGUCAUAUCCUAACAUUAACAUCCCAUAAGACUCGCACUAACCCCCCCACC